GCCACGCACUUAAAGCAUGGAUCAACAAUUGAGAGCCUUGAACACGCAUAUACCAACAACACCUAGAUCAUUCGUUACUCUACUUUGCCUCUGUGCAGUUAUGUUUAUUAGUACUAUCACUAUGCUUGAUAAGCGAAAUGUUUGAUGUGUUUUCAAGUGCCGAUUGUAGACUGCUCCAAAGUUUAGGACCAAGGAAAAAGACAGAAACGUCUGAGUCGAUCCAUGGAAUUAGAGUGGCAAAUUGGAAACAAAAUCAAACGGAACUGAUGGGUUAUCGUUUAAAAAGACAUCGCUUCCUACAUAUCAAGACAAAAAGCUUCAAUUGGUGCAGUCUUCCAUACAAUAUCCUUGGAAAACACUACAUCCACAUGUUGGUACCAUGGAAACUAUCGACGCUACUAAAACCGUAUUUUAUCUCAAAUCUAGAAAAAUCCAAGUCGGUGAUUUCUUUAGUGUGAUAAUACAAACAAAGGACAAAAACAAUCGAAGCCGUGUACAAGGAGGAGAUUUCUGGUUUCCAAGAAUAGAAAGUGAUAAUCUGAAUGCUAGUAGUCACGGAAAAGUAGUAGACUUUGAUAACGGUACAUAUGAAAUCAUAUAUUUUGCAGCCUGGGAAGGAAAAACAACAAUUGAUUUAACGUUAGUCGCGCCAGCCGAAGCAAUAAAGAAUCAAAAAAAUUUGGUUUGGCCGAUAGACCACAGGAUCCAAUGGAUUGGAUAUUUUUCAGACGGUAAGACAAACGAAACAGCAGACUGUGGAAUAUAUGAUAGACAAACGUGGAAAGAUAUGUGCGAAUACCCAGAACCAAAUGCGCUUGGUGGCGCCAUAUUUCUAUGUUCCCGGCCGAAGACACUUCCUUGUGAUACUCUAGUUAGCAUGAAUGAUUCGAGGACCAAUUGGAACGAUGCGUAUCUUAAAUCGGAGAAGGGACAAAAGUUAUGGCAGUUAUGGAGAAAUUUAUUUUAUGUGCAGCUUCUAAAUGGACCACGGACUGUGAACAUCGAGCCUUUCGAAGGGCAUAACGGACCAAAUGGUGACAAGAAGACCGAUUUCGAGAUUUUCUCAGUAGAUAAAUUAAAUCUUCCAAAAUGUGAACCUGACCAACAGCGAAUGCUAAGUGAUGGAUAUUGGAUGCAAUCCACGUGGAUUUCGUUUCAAUGUGAUACAAAACAAUGGAGCCGUUCGGAUAUUGAAUCGUGUCUGCGAGGCAAAUUGGAAACAAAAUCCAACAAAAUUGAUGGGUUAUUGUUUAAAAAGACACCGCUUCCUACAUAUCAAGACAAAAAACUUGAAUUGGUGCAGUCUUCGAUACAAUAUCCUUGGAAGAGUCUACAUCCACAUGUUGGUACCAUAGAAACUAUCGACGCUACUAAAACCGCAUUUUAUCUCAAAUCUAGAAAAAUCCAAGUCGGUGAUUUCUUUAGUGUAGUAAUACAAACAAAGGACAAAAACAAUCGAAGCCGUGUCCAAGGAGGAGAUUUCUGGUUUCCAAGAAUAGAAAGUGAUAAUCUAAAUGCUAGUAGCCACGGAAAAGUAGUAGACUUUGAUAACGGAACAUAUGAAAUCAUAUAUUUUGCAGCCUGGGAAGGAAAAACAACAAUUGAUUUAACGCUAGUCGCGCCAGCCGAAGCUAUAAAGUAUCAAACAAAUGUAGUUUGGCCUAUAGACCAGAGAAUCCAAUGGAUUGGAUAUUUUUCAGACGGUAAGACAAACGAAACAGCAGACUGUGGAAUAUAUGAUAGACAAACGUGGAAAGAUAUGUGCGAAUACCCAGAACCGAAUGCGCUUGGUGGCGCCAUCUUCCUAUGUUCCCGGCCGAAAACACUACCUUGUGAUACACUAGUUAGAUUUAACGAAUCGAGGGCCAAUUGGAACGAUGCCUAUCUUAAAACAGAGAAUGGACAGAAGUUAUGGCAGUUAUGGAGAAAUUUAUUUUAUGUGCAGCUUCUAAAUGGACCACACACUGUGAAUAUCGAACCCUCCAAAGAGCAUAAGGACGUCAACAGUGACAAGAAGACCGAUUUAGAGAUUUUCUCAGUUAAAAAAUUAAAUCUUCCAAAAUGUGAACCUGACCAACAACAGAUGCUAAGCGAUGGAUAUUGGAUGCAAUCCACGUGGAUUUCGUUUCAAUGUGAUACAAAACAAUGGAGUCGUUCGGAUAUUGAAUCGUGUCUGCGUGGUAAACACGUCCUGCUUAUGGGGGACUCAACAACGCGCCAGUGGUACAAGGGUAUAACGAAAAUGCUGGAAUUUGAGCAAAAUUGGUUUGUAAAAGCAGAUAAAAUCAUACGUUACUACGACCAUCUACAACUCAAUAUGACAUUCCGAUUUCACCCUUAUGGAAUGUUACCCCGUAUCUCUUCAUUUUUUGAUGCAGAUUUUGAAGCCAAUUUACUUGACAAACUUCCAGCAGAAAGAUGCAAUUAUAUCAUUGUGAUUAGUCCAUGGGCUCACUACGAGAAAUGGACAAAAGAUACUUAUGUCAUUCGACUGAAAUUUAUUGUAAAGGCCGUAAUGAGGCUCAUAGAAAGAUGUCCUAAUUCAAAGAUUGCCGUGAAAAGCCCACAUCCACGCGAAAAAUCGGAUUUUCUUUUGAAUGUCAAUUAUUUUUUUUAUGAAAUUAGAAAACUUAUGAGGGCGGUAUUUACUGGCGUUCGCGUUCAUUUUAUUGAUAUAUGGGAUAUGAACAAUGCAUAUAUAAUGCCGAACGAAAUGCACAUGCCGAUGCCCGUAAUCUAUCAGGAACUUUAUAUGUUUUUCUCCCACGUAUGUUGACGAUUUAAAGUUACUAAUAUAGAUAUGAUCACUUUAGGCCUACUUUAUAAAAUCAGUUACUUCUAAUGAGAUUCGAGACCGCAGUGUCCCAGUUUAGGGCGUCUGAAUAAACAGCAGAAGGAAUUAAAAAAUAUA